AUGUAUGCAUUGCCUACUAGUGCUGAUCGUGCCUGUUAUCUGUGCGUACCGCCUGACCCUGGUGAGGCUGCUGCUCUAGGUGCUAGUGCGUCUCCUGCUCUAGGUGCUGGUGAGGCUGCUGCUCUCGGUGCUAGUACGUCUACUGCUCUAGGUACUGGUGAGGCCGUGGCUUCAGGUGCUGGUGAGUCUGCUCUCUCUGGUACUGCGCCAACUACGGUCUCGCACACCUUCACCCUUGACUCAGGAGCUUCUCGCUCCUUCUUUCGCGACUGCACCACACUCACGCCGCUUAGUCGGCCAGUUCCAGUCUCCCUGGCGGACCCCUCCGGGGGUCCAGUCCUUGCCCACUACUCCACGGUUCUGCCAUGUCCGGCCGUCCCGUCCGGCUCGCUGUCAGGUCUUUACCUCCCCUCGUUCUCUACGAACUUGGUGAGUGGAGCUGACCUCCAGGAUCGGGAGGUUGACCAGUUCACUCCUGCGAGUCAGCGAGUGACUCACUGUACGUGUGCUAGGACGGGCCGGCACUUGGCCACGUUCACCCGUGCACCUGGCUCGAGUCUGUACACACUGACCACUGAGUCCUUUCAGGUAGCUGCGUCUGCAUCUACGUCUGGUCAGCUGGCGGCCCCCUGCGAGUGUCGCGCUUUGUCGCACGACACUCUCCUGUGGCACCACCGUCUUGGUCACCCCUCCUUGCCUCGCCUGCGUAGCAUGCACUCUCGCUCCCUGGUCUCUGGUCUUCCCAGGUCUCUGCCUGCCCUCCCUCCCUCGCCUGCGCCGCCCUGCAUUCCUUGCGUCGAGGGGCGGCAGCGCGCCGCUCCUCACUCCUCCUCGUUUCCUCCCACAGAGGCUCCCCUGCAGACGCUCCACCUGGACGUGUGGGGCCCAGCCCGCGUCCAGGGACAGGGCCGCGAGCGGUACUUCCUGCUGGUCGUCGACGACUACACGCGUUACACCACGGUCUUCCCCUUGCAGAGCAAGGGGGACGUCCCUGAUGUUUUGAUCCCUUGGAUCCGCGCUGUUCGUCUCCAGCUCCGCGAGCGGUUCCGGCGGGAUUUUCCUGUCCUGCGUCUGCACUCUGACAGAGGUGGUGAGUUCUCCUCUGACCUCUUGGCAGCCUACUGUGCGGAGCACGGCAUCACCCAGUCGUUCACGCUUCCGGCCUCUCCACAGCAGAAUGGGGUUGCUGAGCGUCGCAUUGGCUUAGUCAUGGAGGUCGCUCGUACCUCCAUGAUCCAUGCGGCUGCCCCCCAUUUCCUGUGGCCGUUUGCGGUCCGGUACGCCGCGCAUCAGCUCAACCUCUGGCCCCGUGUCUCCUUGCCGGAGACUUCGCCCACACUGCUGUGGACGGGGAAGGUUGGUGAUGCGUCGCGUUUCCGGGUCUGGGGUGCUCGUGCCUUUGUCCGCGAUACCACCGCGGACAAGCUCUCCGCCCGCGCUGUUCCCUGUGUCUUCCUUGGCUUUGUCCCUGACGCGCCUGGUUGGCAGUUUUACCAUCCCACCUCGCGCCGUGUCUUUGCGUCUCAGGACGUCACGUUCGACGAGUCGGUUCCCUUUUACCGUCUCUUCCCCUACCGCACUGCCCCACUCCCCCCCCCGCCGCUCUUCCUCGCUCCAGGUGCUCCCCAGGUAGACCCCCUCCCCACUCCUGGUCCUGCUCCUUCAGGUGUUUCUCAGGUAGACCCUCCUCCCUUGACUGCGCCGGUUGAGGUCACUGGUGACUCAGCUUGA